AUGAAAAGAGAAAAUAAAGAAAACCUAACCCACAAUUUCAGCUGCCUAAAACAUUUGAAACUUAAGAAUUAAUUGCUAAUUCUCAUCAGUUUUUUAAUUAUCUUAAUUGUUACAUAUGUCGUAUGUGCUAGUUAUGUUCACUCAGCAUUUGUGCAAUUUUACUUUACGCAAUCCUCUGAGGAAAUUUAUACCAAACUUUCUAGCGCUUUUAUUUAAACUCAACUCAAUAAAUACGAAAGUUAUUUCACUUCUCUGUUUGAUACGAAUGGUCAAACCCUAAUAUCAGUUUUCUAGUUAUAUAAUUACCUUAAAAAAAAGAAUAAGAGUCAACCGUCUCCUCUAAACCCUUAAUUCAAUAUGUUAUACGGAGGAAAAGAUAAUGAUAUUCCUCAAGCUAUAAUCUCACCAGACAAAAUAUCUAAGUAUAACUCAACUAUUUCAUUUAUUUGUUACACAAAUAAAACGAAGUUUAAUGAUAUCUUAACAGAUGAAGAAAUCCUUAAUAUAAAAACCCAAGAGUAAUUAUAAGCAUUUGGACCAAUCAUCCACAAAGGCAUGACAACAUAUUAAGAGUUACUCUCAGUAUAUGUCAAAAGCGAUAAUAUCUUAAUGACAUAUCCUUGUUUAUAGCGAUAUGAUAUCGAUAGCUACAUUCCUGAGAAGAGGGGUUGGUACUUAGAGGGGAUUCGCAACUUUCAGAAUCAUGUACCAUAUGAUCGCUAUAACUUUUCAUUGACAUCCCCAUAUUUAUUAUUCUAAUCAAUCUACAUAGGAUUAUCUAUGGCUAUGCCAUUUGUUGAUAGCAAUUUAUAAUUAAUUGGAGGCGCUGCCUUUGAUUUGAUUCCUAAUCUACUCAUUGCGAAUCUAGUUUAACAAUUUGGCUAAGAUUUCACAUCAAUAUAUUUAGUGACCUUAGAUGGAAUAUUGGUUAUGCAUCCCUACAAGAUUACGCCUAAGCAAUUACCUCUAUAUUUCUAUAAUACAUCUAUUACUGGAUUUACUGAAGAAGACUGGGUAAGCUUAAACAGUGUUACAAUCAGUUCUAAUUGCAAAAACCAAACAAAUUAAAAAGAGUUAAAUUGCCUAUUUAAUUCUUUCUAUAAUUAGGAUAUGUUUGUUAGCAUGUAAACUAUUAGUUCCUUCAAUAUUUCGAUUGUUGUGUAAAAAUUAAUUUACUAUUAAAGCUUAAUCAGUAGUUCUGAAUUUAACAAAUUCUAAGAAGAUUAUAACGAUAAUUUAGUAUAGUAGUUGACAACAAGAUUCUACAUAUCCUUGAUUCAAUUAAUAAGUGUAUUUCUAUUUUUGUGUCUUGUUAUAUAUUUUACCACAAAUUAAUUGUUUCGUCCUAUUGAGACAAUAAUUGAAUUUACAAUCAGCAAAAUUUAAAAACAAAGUUGUCAACCAAAGUUGAUAUCAAAAAUACUUUAGCAUUUUUUAAGUGUUUAAAUUGCAGAACUAUACUAAUCAUGCAAUAAUUUUUAUAAAUUAUUAGAAAGAUUUUCGUUUACUAAAUCCAGUUAAUGCUAAUAAAUUGAAAAUUUGUAGUACCCUAUUUUGAAUGGGAUAUAUUUUUUGAGUAAAAGUAUUAAUUUUAAACACCUAAAAUAUUAUUCUAAGAAAACGAACGAGUAAAAUAUGGAGCACUAUUCAUUGAUUAAAAACAUUGUUAGAUCAGCUUUCAAAAGUGAUAAAAAAAAAAUAUUGUGA